UAAUUAGUUACUUGCGAUAAACAAAUAAUUGCGCACGCAGUGUCAUGUUUUUCGAAUAAAUCUUCGAAUCUUCCGUAAAUAUUAAUGUCCCAGUUUGAAAUUAAACUAGUGCAAUAAUUAAAAAAAUGGUUAGUUUAUCAAGAAGUUUCAACACCAAUUCAGGCGGUGCCACGUUUUUCAGUGAAUCUGGAAACAUGGGUGAUCCAGAGCACCUGCAACCCAUUCUAGAGUCUUAUGGUACUUUCCGGCCCUUAAAUACUGUGCCAGUUUUUAGCCUGCAUUUGCUCUUCACGCUGGCGUUGGAAAUUGUGGCUAUAGUGUUCGCUGUACAGCAUCCAGAUGAAAAGUACAAGUGCCGGGAGUACUUUAUUAUUAUUUAUAUUCAUGCGGGGUUGUGGUUUCUGACAUUGAUUGUAGAUCAAAUAGCGAGACGUAAACAUUACAAUCUCAGAAUUCUGGGUUAUUUGGAAUUUUACAAUAAAACUCAUAUUCAUCAUCGUCUUCCACUGUACGUUGUUAGUCUGUGGAAUGCUGUCAUUAUGAUAAUCCAAGCCAUAGCCCAGCAGUUCUACCCCGACAAUUUUGCUGAAAAGUGCAUCAAUGGGGGGACAAUGUCUCCCAUAGGUUAUCUUUGUGCCUUGAUAACUUUUGAGUUUUGUUUAAUUGCGGGCAUUAACAUUAAUUACAUUUUUAAAGUUCAGCGGUUUAAUAAACAAAAAGCGCCCCCGGAUGUGCAAAGAGAGGAGUGGAAUGCUUCCAUGAGUCCUGAAGCUACAGAAAUAGGGAGUCCUUUAAGGGGAGAGAAACUGUACGACUUUCUACAGAAACAGGCUGAUUUGAUAAGGUUUUUGAAAGAACACAACGCAAAAUUAGGCGAAAAGUUGAUGGUCUUGAGUGCUCAGAUGCAAGCACGAGGAUGACACGGGUGUUAGCUUAAUGUUUACAUUUGUUAUUGUGAUAGCGUUAAUCAUUUUAAUUAUAUUUUUAUAUCAGUGAAUGUAAAAUAAUUCGUUGUAUCCAUGUUCUAGUGGUAGCUAUAAUAAUAUCGUUAAUCUAAAUAAAUGAAGAGAUGACUUAUAUAACUUUUGUAUUUAUAAUAUAAUUAUGAAAUACGGAAUGACUGUAAUUAUCUUUGUAAUUGAAAUUAAUCCUCUAACACCAAAGUAACCGAUUGUAAAUUAUGUAAGAGUGUAUAAAUUAUGAAAUCAAUAAAAGAAAUUGGUAAAACUCGUC